AUGUCUGCCAUUUCAGAUAGUGACAAUGAGGCCGAAGUCGUCUCUAGAAACUUAUGCGGGGUUGUUGAUAUGGGAUCCAAUGGGAUUCGUUUUAGCAUUUCAUCAAAAGCUUCUCACCAUGCUAGAAUUAUGCCCUGCGUUUUCAAAGAUAGAGUCGGUAUCUCUCUGUUUGAGGUUCAGUAUGCAGCCAACUCUCUGCAAAAAGCGCCCAUUCCUGAUGAUACCAUCAAAGAGGUGAGUGCUGCCAUGAAAAGGUUCAAACUCAUCUGCGAUGAUUUCGGUGUGCCGGAGACAGCUGUUCGGGUAGUGGCUACUGAGGCAACUCGAGAAGCCAUCAACUCAGAACAAUUCAUCAAUGCCGUUUUUGAAUCGACUGAGUGGGACGUUGAGCUAUUGCCCAAGGAAGAAGAAGGCAAAAUAGGUGCAUAUGGCGUUAUCUCUUCUUUCAAUUCCGUCUCGGGGUUGUACAUGGAUCUGGGGGGUGGCAGUACACAAAUUUCUUGGAUACGGUGCGUUGACGGAGAAAUUAAGAUGUCAAACAAUCCCGUGUCACUUCCUUACGGUGCCGGCGCGCUUUCAAGAAGAAUGAAGCUGGAAGACAAAAAGGAAUUGUUUGCCGAAAUAAAAGAAGCAUACAGAGAUGGAAUUACUAAGAUAGGCAUUCCGGAGGAAAUGCUAGAAGAGGCUCACCAAAAUGGUGGAUUUGACCUCUUUACUUGUGGGGGCGGACUAAGAGGGAUGGGACACUUGCUAUUAUCCCAGAGUAAGGAUUAUCCUAUACAAACAAUUAUCAAUGGCUUCUCUUGCUCAUUUGAAGAAUUCUCGAGUAUGGCUGAUUAUCUUUUAAUGAAGGGCAGAGUGCCUAAAUCCAAAAAGAUCUUCAAAGUUUCAGAACGUAGGGCCUCGCAGCUUCCGGCGGUUGGACUCUUGAUGAGUGCUGCUUUUGAAUCUUUGCCGGAUAUUAAAACUGUCCAUUUUAGUGAAGGUGGUGUAAGAGAGGGCACAUUGUAUUCAAUUUUACCUCGAGAGGCAAGAGCUGAGGAUCCUUUGCUUGUUGCAACAAGACCAUACGCUCCCUUGCUAGCACCAAAAUACCUAGAGCUUUUGAGAGCUGCACUGCCAAAAAAUGACGUGCCCAAGAUCGUGUACUCUAGGAUUGCGCCGGCUCUUUGUAAUUUGGCCUUCGUGCACGCAUCAUAUCCUAAAGAACUGCAACCCACAGCCGCUCUGCAUGUCGCUACCACAGGCAUUUUGGCAGGAUGCCAUGGUCUCUCCCAUAGAGCACGCGCACUCAUAGGAAUCGCCUUGUGUAACCGGUGGGGAGGUGAUAUGCCAGAUCAGGAAUUAGAGCACAAGAAGUUGCUUGAGGACGUCGUGCUUCGGGAUGGAGACAAGGUUGAACGAGAACGCAUCGUCUGGUGGACCCAGUAUAUCGGCACGAUCAUGUUUGUCAUUUGUGGUGUUCAUCCAGGUGGGAAUAUUAGAGAUGGUCUAUUCAACUUCAACAUUGAGCAGAAGGAAAACGUCGAAAAAGACUUGCAUAAUUUCAGCGUCGAUGACAAGCCUAUCGCAGGUAGCUCCAAACGCCGAGAAUUUGAGGUUUUCGUCCGUAUAAGCAAAGAUGAUCUGAAAACCAGUGCCUCAGUCAGGACCAGAAUCAUCACUCUUCAAAAGAAGAUUCGCAAAUUAUCUCGGGGAAGCUCCGAAAAAGUCAAGAUUGGUGUACAAUUUUAUGAGGACACCUAA